AUGUCGGCCCCUACUAGCACCACAUCGGUUUCUCCCAGCACCCCGAUCACUGUUAAAGUUUCCUAUGAUCAACAAACCAGACGCUUCAAGAUCCCUUUGAAGGACCUUGGAGCCAACACUUUACCCCAGAAUUUGCGCCAACUUCUUGGCAUUCCAGCGGAUACCAACGUCAUCUUCGAACGGUACUCCGACAGUGCCAGUGCCUACGUAUAUCUCGACAGCAACAAUCCGGCGGUCUUCAAACAACUUUAUCGCGCAGCGAAGGCCAAGUUGAAGAUCCGGAUUAGAGCCACUGUCGAGCAACCUCCUAGUCAAACACCAGUGACAGAGGCCCCGAGUGAACAACCCCAAGACUCUGCAAGAUACAACUACCUUGCGACCGUUCUGAGCACCCCUGUUCAAGUGUCUCAAGUAGAGCAUAACUCUAGCGCUACCUCGUCGUCUACAACCCUACCCGAGAGCUCCGAGCGAUCUACAUUACCCGACGCCGACAAGAACGCAUGGUCGGCUCUGGAUUCGGCCGAACCAAAACCUGGUAAUAGCAGAGAGUUUGUUUUGGGCCCUGACAAUCCAAGUGUUCCUGUAUUGUCGCAUACCUCGCUCGCGGGCUACUUCUGUAUCGACUGUAAUUACUGUGGUCGUGCUAUUCCUAACGAGCACUAUCAUUGCAAUACCUGCGCUGAAGGCGAUUAUGACCUCUGCCCACAAUGUCUUGACACUGGAGUCACCUGCCUAGGCGAAGACCACUGGCUGGUUCGACGCUUUGUGAAAGAUGGAAUCAUUACUAACAGCACAACGAAGACGCUUGCGUCGCACAAGAUCAAGGCCCAGGAGGAGAACAUUGUACCAGACAUCGUCUCCAAACCUGUCACAGAAGCUGUCGAACAGCCUACGAUCGUCAGCCGUGAGCGAAUCUGCAACAACUGCCUUUCAGAGUUCGAUGAAGGCAAGAUGGUGUCUUGCGCUGACUGCGAAGACUUUGAUCUCUGCAUCACAUGUGUUCUUGGGCACAAGCACGGGCACCACCCCGCUCACACCUUUGUGUUGCUGGGUGAGCACGAUUCUGGUCUCAAGAACCUAGUCCUGUCCCGCUGCAAACCUGGCCGUGGCUAUCACCACGCGGCAAUCUGCGAUGGCUGUGAAAAUGUAUGCCUUCGGUUCUGGACUAUUGAGAAUACCUGCUAA